CUGUUUCUCUGCGCAUCCCAUCCUACCCUUCCCGCCUCUAUCGUCAACCACUCUAUUCUACCUUCUGUCCUGCCUACUCUAUAUACCGAUCUAGAAUCAUCCUGUCUGUGCAGGAAGUUGACUAACCUGGUCAGUAACGUCCAGUUCCUCCGGUAGAAUCAUGGACAGGGACAGAUCAGACGACUCGGAAGCAUCCUCUUCAACUCAUACGGAUGCGAAGGCUCCCCCCGGCCAUGAAAAGAAUGACAUUCCACAGCUCCCCAAGUCCCGACUGGGCUUGGCUAAUGAUCCGGCAGCUGGUACCACGCUUCACCAGCUUGAGCAUACCGUCUCGGAAAAGGUCGAAUUGACAGAAGAGGAUUGUUACGAUCAACUCGGCUACGCAUUCCCGGAGUGGCGAAAGUGGAUGAUUAUCAUCGUCAUCUUCCUUGUCCAGACAUCGAUGAACUUCAACACCAGCCUGUACUCAAAUGCCGCGACUGGAAUCUCUGAAGAGUUUGGGGUGAGCAUGCAGGCGGCUCGAUGUGGUGCUAUGAUCUUCCUUGUCUUGUACGCCUUUGGUUGCGAGCUCUGGGCGCCCUGGAGUGAAGAGCUCGGCCGAAAACCGAUCCUACAACUCAGUCUGUUUCUCGUCAACGUUUUCCAGCUGCCCGUUGCCCUUGCGCCAAACUUUGCUUCGAUCAUGGUUGGUCGCGCGCUUGGUGGUCUCAGUUCGGCUGGUGGUUCUGUCACUUUGGGUAUGAUUGCCGAUCUUUGGGAGGCUGAUGAUCAGCAGUAUGCUGUGGCUUGCGUUGUCUUUUCCUCCGUCGGCGGUUCUGCGCUAGGCCCUGUCGUCGGUGGGUUCGUGGAAGCGAACCUCAAUUGGCGUUGGAACAUCUGGAUUCAACUUAUCUUUGGAGGGUUUGUACAAGUCGCCCAUUUUCUUCUAGUCCCCGAGACUCGAACGACGAUCAUGAUGGAUCGGAUCGCCAAAAGCAAGAGAGAAACGGGACAGGACCCGAAUGUCUACGGUCCCAACGAGCUCGUUCCCUUCCGUGAGCGCUUCUCGGCGAGAGAAAUUCUCGUCACUUGGGUUCGGCCAUUCAAAAUGUUCCUCACAGAACCUAUUGUGCUGUGUCUAUCCCUACUGAGCGGAUUCAGUGACGCAUUGAUAUUCAUUUUCAUCCAGUCGUUCGGCCUAGUUUAUGAUCAGUGGAACUUCACCACUGUCACCAAAGGCUUGGCCUUCAUUCCAAUUCUCAUUGGAUAUUUCAUCGCAUGGCUUUCGUUCAUUCCUGUCAUUCGAAGGAACAUUGGGGAACGGCGAAUGAAGCCAGACGACGAACAUACGCAGUAUGAAUCUCGAUUGUGGUGGUUGCUUUACACAGCCCCUUGCUUGCCAAUUGGCUUAAUUGGUUUUGCGUGGACUAGCUUGCCCCAUGUACACUGGAUAGGUACCAUGGUAUUUUCUGCGAUUGUCGGUAUUGCCAACUAUAGCAUCUACAUGGCUACCAUCGACUACAUGAUCUGUGCUUACGGACCUUAUUCUGCUUCUGCCACCGGCGGAAACGGAUGGUCCCGAGACUUCUUGGCCGGUGUCCUCACGAUCCCUGCCACACCUUUCUACGAAAAUAUCGGUGGUGAGCGUCAUUUGGAAUACGCGUCUACCAUUCUCUUUUGCAUAUCGUUCAUUCUCGUGAUUGCCGUAUACGUGAUCUACUGGUAUGGCCCAACCCUUCGGAAAAGAUCGCCAUUUGCGCAGCAGCUGUCAGAUGCACGGGUCGAGAUCCAGUCUCAUGGUCGCCGACUAUCGAAAAUCCCCUCUGGCUCGAGAGCCAACUCUUUCGCAAGGUCGCAACAGAACCUGCGUAUCAGGAAUUUCGGAAGCCGUCAGGGUAGCUAUGCGGCAUCCCGGCCCGCAUCCCGGGGAAAUUCGCGCAACAAUAGUUUGUCCUAUGGAGGCCUGUAAGGGUUGUUGAAUUGGUAAACCUGAAGACCUUGAUAUGCCCGUUGAGCCUGAGGCGCCAUCCUAGGUGAGAAAGAUGCUACCGAAGGGCCAGGUUCUCUCUGUUGGGUGAAUGGUAGCACUGUCUUUCGACUACGGAGGCGAGCCUUUAUUUUGUAUAAGUUGUUCAGUUGGAACAUGAUGGUUGAGAUUCCCUUGUUCUUGGUCUUUGUAUACUAGG